GGUUGGGGUUAGUCACAUCACACCAAAGCGACAGUUAGGUAGCACACGGUCUGCGUCACUUGUAACCUUAUCCUUGACAAAGUGUUACCAACUCAUCUGUUCAGAGGGAAUUAAAAUGACGGAUAUAACAACAGGCUCGGUGUUCGAGAUGAUAGUAGCCUGUGUUACUGCUGGGAUGAGAAAUCUCGGUAAGUACGUUUGUUUUAUCUGCUUAUAUCGCCCUAUAACGCAGUUCGGCUCUGAACUAUAAUUCUUUGACCGACUUAGAGUCGCUUUUCUUGGGCUCUUGAAUGACCUCUUGUACUUUAGCGAACUCUCUUUUGUUUCAAGGUAAACUUCUUGUAAUAUAAGAGACAUUUAAGAAGGCAUCUUCAGAUGACCGGUGGUGAAAAUGUCCCGGACAUGGUCCACCUUCAUUGCUGUGGCUUUGCUGGCCGUACAGCUCUGCACAGGUGAGUCUGGACCCCUGAUCAUCAUCAUUAAAAGGCACUGAUGAGGAGUUUUGAACUGGUUAAAAAACAAUCUGGAACUUUUACUUUUAAACCUCUUUGUGAUGUUGAAAAUAAAAAUUAAAAAAAAGAAGAUUUUUUUUUUUGUUGUAAUUCUUAAUGCCUGAAAUCCCUUUGAGGGGGUAGGUUCACACCAGGUGAUUGAUAGCAGGCUGAAAAAAAAAAAAAAAAAAAAAACUUUUUAAUUUUAUUAUUUGUGUGGCAAAUAACCAUUAAUUCUCACAAUUAAAAGACGAGGUUUUGUAAUAAAAAUACAACUUUUAUAUGUGCAGGAUAAUUGAUUAGAGGUAUCACUUUGUGCACAGGAGGCACCAGAACCAACAUUAAACAAAGGUUCCUCACAGUUAUUGUCAGUCUACAUUUAAUUGAGAAUAUUGUUAUUUGGAUCAAUCUAUGCAUUAUCUCAUCUGCUUCAAAUCGUAACAUUACAAUGAAUUGUUUUCUUGUAUUUAACUACUGUGGAUAAGAUCAUUCAGAAGUCAUCAUUUUACUUUCAGGUCAGAAAGUCUGUGACAUCUGGUCUAGUGCUGGGUCUGUAGUGCAGCGAGGUUCCAGCUUUAGGGUGUAUUGCACCUUUGCAUGCAAAAAUUUGGGGAAAAUCUACAGCAGCCACCCACCUACCGCACAGAGCUAUGAAAAACUGAAUUCCUCUACUAUAUAUCAUAAUGUGGUGGACAUUAACAACACCCGGACGUUCAGCUGUCAGAGCUCAUGUCGUCAUGAAGGAGAACCCUGUGGAGUGGACAUCAAAUCUGGAUGUGAGUAUGAGACGCAGGAGGAGGGAGCAACUCUUUCUAAAUGGUUUGACUCUGUAAGAGGAGCCGUAAACUGGAGUGCAUUUUACUCAACUUUCCCUCAAAUGACUGUUCAAACUUUUUAUGUAAGAGUAAACGGCUCGGGAAUACGCGGAAAUAUUAGUUUGCCAAAUUAAUCUUAACUUACAUAUUAUUCUCAUUCAAAGGUCGCGUAAUCUACAAAGUCCUGCAGGUUAUUUCACAGUGCAUGCUGUUUCAACAUGAGUCCUUUUGGGCAGGACUGUAUCUUUUCAUGCUAACAGAGCUGUAAAAAUAGUCACAGCUUGUUCUGUUUUCUCCUCUGCUGUUCACGCAUAGGCAGCCAAAUGUGUUAAGUUGAAGUGCGAUAAACUUCUUUUUUCAACUGCAUUACUGUGGCUGGGUGAAAAAGCAAAAAUAAGGUUGUAUAUACUAGUUCCUUAAUGCUGCACAUGCACACAAUAUCUAUACAUACAUGUCAAAUUUAAUUGGAUAAUUGUGUAUUUAAUAACAGGACUAUUGCUUGCCUUCAAUAAUAUGAUAUUCGAGUUCUGAAUAUUCAACCAUUUCUAGUUUUCAGCAUCAAAAUUCUUUAUUAAAGGCUUUGUUAGGGUUUAUGUGUCCUCUGUUCAACGUGUCACACAAGUCUUCAUUUCUUUUGUCCUACAGAUCUACCAGAGCAGCCUAAAAACCUUUCCUGCUCGUACAAUGUUAGAAAUAAUGAAAGCGGUGUUGUGCUCUGCACUUGGAAAACUGGACGAGACACUCAUCUCCAAAAUAGCUCAAUACUGUGGUGAGUUUAAAAAUGAUCAAAAUCUGACCAAGAUCUUAACUAUCAUCCCAUUUACCAGAUGGUCUGCUCAUUAACGUUAUCAUGCUGCUUACACCAGCUGUCAAAUGAAAGUGGGCUUUGUGUGUUUCAGGGUGAGAACUGUGUCUGAAAACCACACAGCUGGGCCAGAGGCAUUUAAAGUCUCUGGUAAAGGAGGUGAUUCACUGUCGACCAGUUUUACUAGGUCCAGCUCUGUCCGGAUGAUCUCGGUGUGGGUCCAAGUCAAAAAUGAGCUGGGCUCUUCAGCGUCUGCCCCCGUCAACUACACACUCAGGGACAUUGGUAAUGCAGCAGCUCAUCAUCAGUCAGGCUGUAAUGAUGGAAGUGCAUGGUAGCCUUUAAAUAGACUAAUGGACUGUGUUUAUUUGGCGCUUUCUCUAGUCUCCUGACCACUUAGAGCACUUUUACAUCACAUGUCACAUUCAUCCAUCCACAAUAUAUUCACACACUGGUGCCAGAGGCUGCUAUGUAUGGAGCCCAUCAGUUUUUGACCAAUCCCAUUUACACAGCACUGGGCACAGUGGGGUCAAGUGUCCUGUCAAAGGACACUUUGGCGUUGAGCCCCUGACCUUCCAAUUGAGAGAUGACACACUCUACAACCGAGCCACAGUCACCCCUAGUUUUAAGCAUGUAUUAGUGCAUGUAAUCACAAUAACGUCUUGACUGCAGCUUCAAACUAGCUCUGCAAACUUUGUUAGAGUUCAGAUCUUUGUGCUCUUAUGUAAAAGAUAAUGACUAACUGUGAUGGUAUACAAUUAUGAACCUAUCCUCUUGUCAUCUGUCUCUCAUCUGUGUUUUUGUGUGUGAUCAUUUUGAGCAGCCAUGCCAUCCGCUCCUGUUCUUGGCCAGCCUGAGUGUUCUUCCCGGAAGUGCACCAUCAGAGUGGAGCAGCUUGUGAGGACUCCAUACCUGGAGAUUGAAUACAGAGCAGAAGCACAGACAUGGGUGUCCUCUCCAUUUUCAGUAAGAAGUUCUAACUGUGCUCACUGCUCCAGAUUUUUGCAGAAAGUUAUACCACCGUAGAUCUUGCUGAUUUGAAGUCAUGGGCCGACAUUAAUUUCUGUUAAAGUUGCAGAGUUGCAUACGUUUGAAAAACAAACAGGAAUUUAACCUUUUAGGCUCCAUCAAGUGUUUUUACUGUUAAGUCAUAAAUGUCACCUGACCACAGGACCAAAUGUCAAACCACAUUUGUAGUCAUACAUGGAUGAAAAUAAAAUUUUAACUAAGAUACAUUUUGUCUCACAGGUUAUGCAGAUGGGUCAAACACAGGUCCUGUCCAUCUCCUCUUUGGAGCCCUACAGAUUGUACCAUUUCAGAGCCAGAUCCAGAUUCAGCAGUGGCGUGUGGAGUCAGUGGAGCAGAGACAUCUCUGGCUGGACUCAAGAGGAGGGUAUGUCUAUACAAAUUCUGUUGGAUGUCCAAUAUCAGUCAUUAUUGAAGUGUAUUUUUUCUGAAACUGAUCCUUUUAGAAGAAAAAUGAUUUGGGUUUUACUGAAAAGUUUGCAAAAAUUCACAGCAAAAUAAAAGCAGAAAACAAACAGGUGAGUAACCAAACCAGCAGCCUGCAGCUUCUGAGGGUUUUUUAUGUUUCUGAAUGAAAGUGUGUGAAAGUAUUUAUAGUCUUCCUGUUGCACUUUAUCUAUGCAGAUAUCAGAUAAUGUAGUAAAGUUUGUGUCAUUUGGGUGACUAAAGCAGACAUGAACUCACCGCUGACUGCCUGCAGGAUGUGUUGUGAAGCCAUUCAUCACUGAUCUGACUAAGGAAACAGGCUGUUCAAAGAGGUUUUGAAUUUAGGUUUAAAAAAAGUCAAAGUAAAGGGGUUGAGAAAAUGGUGAUGCUUCAUGGGAAAUCUCACUGCAUACAAGGGAAGCUGAUGGUGUGAAGAUAUGCUGGCCUGUCUGCAAAUACGUUAGCCCUGUGACAGAUCAUCAGCUUUUUUUUUCCAAGCAGCAGCAGCAGCAGUAGCAGAGGUUAAGGCAGAAUUACACAGAGAGACAUAACUGACACGUCCACUACUGCUGUAGAUUGGCUUUCCUUUGUUUUCUUGAAUACAGACAUAGUUUCUAUGCAACCAAAAAGCACAGACAUGUGACUUGACGUGAUCCAAACAUAGACCUCCGAUAGACCACAAACAGACUGACAAGCCAAGGCAGUAAAAAAACAGCAUAGAGAGAUUUGAAGCCUGUGAGAGAAAGUCAGUCCACUACCUUUAAUUAUAUUUAUGUUUAUAUUUUUAACUGAGUUUUUACAUAAGUUUCAUCAGUUUAUACAACAACAGUUUAUUUACUUUCAUUCUCACUCUCUUACCGUUGUAUUUAUAUGUUUGUGAAAACUGUAAUUAAAGAAGUUUUGCUUCAGCUUAAAGCAUACUUGGUAUAAAGUAAAGGUGUUAAUUAAAAAGGAGUGAUAAUAAAAGCUAGACAGAAAUUUCGGAAAGCGUAGAGUUGCACCUCAAAUAAAUGUUUCCUGAAGUCUCUGGGAGUAUGCUAUUUUGUCCUAUUAAAUAAAUGUAUCUACAAGUUACUUUCUUUAAUCAAAGCGCUGAUGUUCUCAGUAGCACCACAGCUGUGAGCAGUGUAACUUGAUGCCAUCUUAUAAGUUGUCCAGAUAAAAGUGACUGCACAGCAUGAAACUUAACUUAAUUGUUAAACCUAUAAAAAGUGCUGUUCCUAAAACUAUGAAAAAAAGUGCAGGAAUCUGAUCAAACUGUGACCUCAAACUGGGCUUGAAAAUUUGAUUAAAGUGCUAAUAAAGAUGUUUAAGUUCAUCUGGUCCUCGGUAAUGUCUCCUCUUCUCACUUAAGAAACUGACAGAGAUGAUUUAAGUAAAAUUUUGACAUUCAUAAUAUCAUUUUUAUACCUCUAUGUGAAACCUGUAAUAUCCUACAUUUUAAUAUUGCAGCAGGGUAGCUUUCAGAAAAGCUUCCGUUCCUAGCCAGCACUCGAACACACCCGAGGGAAGUAAGUUUCUGCAUGAAGUGUUGCUAAUGGUUUCUAAAUCAAGCUCCAAGUAUUCAACUGUUUUUUUAAUCGUUAUAUGUUUGAUAUCAGGUGUGUAUUUACAAGCACAGGGCCUUUUACCAAGUAUUGCCAGGCUCUCUUAAACACAGGAAAUGAAACAGAGCAGCAGAAUGGAUAUUUGUCACUUUUUAAGGGGUUACAUCACACAGGAAGCUAUCACUCAGUGGAUAAAACAGCAUGUCUUUCACUCAUUUAUUAAAAUGAAAACCUCUCAAUUCUGUUCUUUUAAAUUGAAAGCCAUGACAUACUUUGUACAUCUACGAAGUAAUGCUCUCAUUGACACAGUUCAGUAACAGAUUGGCAUUAUUAUUAUUAUUUAUUUUUAUUUAUUUAUUUAUUUUCUGUAGCUCCUGCCAAAGAGUUAGAUGUGUGGUACACUGAAGCUUCAUCCGAUGCUACGUCACUUCAAGUGUAUUGGAAGGUGAGUCUAACAUCUUAAAUUCAGAAAUCCCUCCCAGUUUGUCACUUUUUUUAAUACAAGUAUACAGUCACCUAACUUUUAGAGUUUGUAGUCCUCAUGUUUUCUCUCUCACACCGAGCGUGUGUGGGUGUGCAGUGUCGUAACCAUAGUAACACUUUCUGAUCUUCCUGCUUCACUACCCUGUUCUGUACAAAGUAAAGGUCAAUGCUUGACCACUUCUAAGGUGUGACACUAACAGACGUACACCCAUAUACCACAGUCACUCCCCACCCCCCCACCCCCACCCCAGCCUCAACCACACACACACAGACACACACAGACACUCAUUUAAUGUAGCAUAAAAUGCGACAGUGAGAGAUAAGUGAAACCUGGCGGUGGAUGCCACAGUUUCAGUUUACAAGAAAAGAGGGGUUGAACAGAAAUGAUGUGUCUGUCCAACGUUUUCUGCAGACUGUUGGUUUUGAGCAUCCAGUAAAGACAGCUUUAACCAAAGCUCUCUCAAAAUAAUCUUUUGCUCUUUUUCCACUCAACAAAAGGAAGUUGAUGGUUUUAAACUAAUUGAAAAACCAUCUCUGAUUGCAGGAACCAACAUUUUCAGAUGCAAGAGGGAAAAUCAUUUGCUACAAAGUCAGUGUUUACAACCAAAGAUCCAAUAUGCUGGCUGCAAAUAUCAGUGCAGGUGUCAGGAACUACACAGUUCCAUUUUGUGCUGACUGUGAAGUGAUAGUGUGGGUCUGCAACUCCAUAGGAUGCUCCCCACCUUCCAAGAUUACAGCAAAGAACAAAAAAGGUAAUUAGAGAACGUGUUCCCGCAUUUUUAAGGUGGUAUUUGCUUGACUGGCUGUCUUUUACUGAACGCCAGUUUGAAGUUUAAGUGGAUGUACAGCAAAUGCUCCGUAUUUUACAGCCAAGCUCCUUCAGGAUGUGAAAGUCACUGCAGACAACCACAGUGUCGCCAUCUCCUGGACAAAGCUGAGAACUACAACUGUAGCUGCAGAAUAUGUGGUAGAGUGGUACCCAGAGGGCCAGAAACUGGAGCAGCUCAGAUGGACCCGACUGGAAAAGAAUGCCAACCAUUGUGUUAUCACAGGUGGGACACGUUUCACAGUAAAUACAGGUUAAAUAACAAAAAGCUAGAACACUGGUGUUCUGUACUCAACUAUUGUUGGUUCCCCAUGUAAAUACUUUCCAAGUUAAGUGUUGACAGCUUCAUGCAAGUGUCCCUUUCCUCCAUACAUGUUUGACUGUUUAAUCUUUCUCCUUCCAGAUCUAAAGCCAGCUGAGUGCUACGAGGGAGCAGUUUACAUUCACCAUAAUGAUGGCUCAGUGGGUCAAAACAGAUUCACUGGUGUUAUAUCAGAAUCAGGUAAGAUCCAAGAAUUAAAAAGAUUUUUGUUCAAGAAUUUGACCUUUUUUAAAACUUUUUUUGAUAUUCUUCUUGUUUGUAGUCCCCACAGCUGGACCAUCAGUCCAAGAGAAUGUUGAUGGGAACGAAGUGAAAGUAACGUGGACAGAAAUUCCCAGGGGUCAGCGUGGGGGCUGUAUCACAAAGUACACUAUCUAUUUAGAGAACAGCGGCGGACACCAGCAGCAUUGUAAGAACCAAUUCUCCUUAGCGUCUUUGGAUCAUACAGUCACAUGAUUAACUGAACUUAGAAUGACAAUGAUCUGUAUGUCAUAUUUCAGACUCUGUUCUUGCAUCAAAGUGGACACACACCGUCCAAGGCCUGUCUCCAGAUGUCUACAGCCUGUGGGUGACUGCUUCCACUGCUAAAGGAGAGGGCCCUGCAGGUCAAAAGGUCAAAUUCUAUAUCAAACGUAAGUAGCUUUCUCUGUUUCUGUCUCUGUUGCAUUUGAACUUAGUGUUGCAGGUGUGCUGAGAUGAGUUGCUCCAUCUAAAAUGUAGACUUUAAUUAACACAUUUGUUUAUGUGUGGCUCCACUGCAAAUAUUUUUCAAAGUAAGUCCUUGUUGACCAACACUUCAUUAUUUCUUUCUUUUUUUUGUGGAGCUGAAGGAGGAAGACAAGUUAACUUAAGUAAACUUGACUGAACUUCAACUGUUGAAGCUUCUUUCCACUUUUGACAAAGCUUAUAAUACAUUUAAGCUCAAAACAGGGACUGUAUCAUGUUCCGCCAUCUUUUAUUCUGAAGAAUUUGUUGAUUUCAUGAAAGAUCAAAAUGGUUUCAUUGUUCCCAUGGCAACCUGACUAUUGUUUUAAAUGUGAAUCUCUUCUUUAACAUUUGGACUAUACUUUUAAAAGUAGAUCAUUUUUGUUCAAUGCAUGUGGUUUUGUUAUCGUAUUUAUUUUUUGCCAUGGCAGAUUAUACAGAAAAAUAUGACAUAUAUGCUGCACACUCUAAUGUCACACUGUUUCACUGUUACUGUUGCAGAGGAGACUCAAUACCUCCUGAUAGUGUUCGUACUCAUCCUGGUGAUCACGCUGUUUCUGCUGUGUCUGUGGCAGUGUUCUGCAGUGAAGCAAAGGUACCUGUGUAACAUUAAAUCUAUAUAUAUCAAUUAGUCAGAGCAACAUGGGGCUUGUGUCUGUCCACCAAGCAGCAAACAGAAAGCAUAACAGAGAAAACAGGAAACGAUAUGUACAUUAACAUAUUUCCAUCAAAGUUCCCAAGCAGUUUUUUCCAUAUUCUCUCUCAGGUUCUGGGGGGUUUUCAAGUGCCUUAAACUGGAUGCUGACCUGGAUCCUGCGAACAGCAAAUGGGCCAAAGAGUGCACUCAGGAAAAGGUAAUAAUGUGCAAAUGUGUACACACUUAAAGGGAUAUUCUGGUGUAAAAUUAAUUCAGGGUCAAACAGACCGUAACACCGAGUUAGACACCCCGUGGAGAGAUGAAUGUUGCUGACUGCUUGCUUCUCUAGUUAUACCAACUUUAGUAACGACAGCAUGAUAGCGAUACAAAGCAGUCUUUGGAACCACACACAAUACUCAACCAAAAUGCCACUCUAUAGCCACAAAUAAUACUCAGAACAGCACCUAACUUCAUCAAAAGUACAUAUAGUGUCCCAGCCACAGCGCUAGCCACCAAACAUCUUUUUAGCUUUGCCUGAUUUCUUCAACUCACCUACUCUCUUCCAGAAGCCGCUUGUUUGUAGCGAGACCUCGGGCCAGUCCAUUACAGACUGCUGUGGGGUGACGCAGCUCAAGGAAGAACAUUUAUGAUCAUUUUCUCAUGGAAAUGCAGCCAGACUAAGACGCUAAGGCAGGAGAACUACUGUGUCUGCAGUGCAAAAUGAUUAAUAUGGUGAUUAUUACUUUAAGGAAAUGAUAAAGUAAUGAUCAUAAAUGUUCUUCUCUGAGCUGCGUCACCCCGCUGUAGUCCGUAAUGGACUGGCCCGAGGUCUCGCUACAAACAAGCGGCUGCUAGAAGAGAGUAGGUGAGUUGUAUUUAGUCUUUUUGCCAAAGAAAUCAGGCAAAGCUAAAAAGAUGUUAGGUGGCUAGUGCUGUAGCUAGGACCCUAUAUGUACUGUUGAUGAAGUUAGGUGCUGUUCUGAGCAUUAUUUGUGGCUAUAGAGUGGCGUUUUGGUUAAGGUUUGUUUAUGGCUCCUCAGACCGCUGUGUAUUGCUAUCCUGCGGUCGUUACUAAAGUUGGUAUAACUAGAGAAGCAAGCAGUUGGCAACAUUCAUCUCUCGAGGAGGUGUCUAACUCGGUGUUAGUGUGUUUGACCCUAAAUGAAUAUCCCUAUAAGUAUACAGCAAAUCCAUUUUUAUAGAAUCUGUAACUUCCUUUGAAACAGGGUCGAAUGAACCUCCAGCUGCCACAGAGUGACUGCAGUGUAGCUCAAGAGGAAGAAGAGCCUAUCCUGGUGAACAUUGAGGAGCUGCCCAAUCAGAGCAGUGAAAUCCGCUCACCCUCUGAUGACUCCUCCCAGGUCCCACCCGAAACCAGCCUGAGCCCCCUGACUGAGCAAACCACACAGCUAUACCCUCUGACCACCUACAUCAAGAGCUUCUCCCACGACUCCGACAGCUCUGAUCACACGCAGUCUUCCAUGGACACAAACUCAACCGUCGACUAUAUCUCAUCACACCGUCAAGGAGGUAGUGAUGAGGAUGACCAGGAGGAGGAAGAUUUUCUGGAAAUGGACGGUUUCUUUCCUAGCCAUAACAUUUUCAUGGUUCCACAAGGGUUUGGAGGGAAGUUGACUCUGGAUGCGGUCAAAAUCAACUGUACGGACUUUUUUCAAAACAGUUAGUGUUCACUUGAAACCAAAACUCGUGGGUGAAAUGAGACUGCUAAACCGCAGAGAAUGGUCACAAUGGCUGGAGGUAGUAUCUGAAUUAUUAUGAUUGUUUUUUCUGUUCCUUUUUUAAUCACAUCUCUCUGAGAUUUCUUCGAACUACCUCCUUUUGCACAGUGAAGCACAAGAAAGACUGAACAGUUAUAAGGUAAUAAGACUUCACUGAACUUGUACUUUUGUUUUCAUUUCAUGCAUUAGCAGUACUGGGCACACAUACCUGGAACAUUUUCUUCUUCGAUGUCCAGAUAGAGGAUAUCAAGUACUGUAACUUCUGUCUGCCUGAACUGAAGUAUUUGAGACACUGAUAGGACAUUUUCACUGUAUGUGACUUGACUCACUGUAGGAGAAGCAUUGAUAAUGCUGGUCAUGUUUCAUUAGAAGUGCACAGUCUCAGGAGGAUACUGAAAAUGAAACCUUUACAAUAAAAAUUCAGCCGUCAUUCAUU